AUGUCAAUCUAUCCUGCUCUGCCCGACGCCGGGCUCCCCAAACGAGCCAUGCACGCACUGCUUCUCGUGGAGCGCUCAUGUGCACAGUGCUCGCCACUGGGCGUCCUAGACGACCCCCUAUGUGUCGUCGCUAUCGAGCACAGCGAGAGGAAUGACAACCAACAGCCAGACGGACAGGCAGGAAGACCGAAGAAACCGAGCAAGAACGAGUAUGUGCGGAAACUACCAGGAGUGGUACAGUGGGGAGAAAGGACAUUUGGGCACCCACCUGAUAUACGCCAUUGGACGCGCGCCUCUGAAGGCGCUCAGUCUCCGGUAGCGACGACGGAUUCAUACAACCAGCAGUCCUAUUCGUUUGUCCAAGAAUACCCUCGCCCACAUCGACAAUAUCCUUCCACACCAUCACCUGCUGUCGAGCAUCAGACGGGACCCUCUGGAUAUGAUCGGCGCACCUUGCGUGAUGUGCCCUCAGAGGCCUACACAUACCAAGGCGAACCAUUACGCGCACGGGAGACAGGCUAUGCUGGAGUGCAGAACACUGCCUACCAGCCGUACCCGACAUCGGUGGAUCGUCGCACUCGCCAUGAAUAUCAACAUGGAGACCAACAAAGCAUGGGUACGUUUGCCCCAGUUGAUGGUCUUCUCAAGUCACUGAACGUUGCUCUCAGCAGGGCCAUACUCUCAAGUCCCAAUGCAGGCGAUGAAUGUGCCGAGCACACAGCUCGUCGGUCGGUCUGCUCACAUCAGAUCGCCGCCAUCCCAUGGCACGUCUGCGACGACUGGUGUCAGCUCGCGUUCGCAUCAUUCCUCUUCAGCACGGGCUCAAUAUGUUUCGCCUUACCCGCCACCAUCGGUGCAGUCCUCAGUAUCUUCAUCUUCAGGCGAGUCGCGACAUCUAUCCCAACACCCUAUGAUCUGACAUGUCGGCAUACAGACCACGGAUUUGUGACAGGCAGAUCUAGUUCAGCAAACCAUUCCGUGUUCUACGCACCGGCGAGCUCUUCCGUGUCCAUGGAGGAGCUACAAGCGGCUCAGAACCUAUAUGACGCAGUAGAGAACGACCAUCUCCUUGAGGAGUACUUCUGA